CGCAUAUGAUUUCGUUGUGUGUUGAAAUCGAAAACAAAAAGACAUUCACCUUGAUACCAGCAAUAAAUUUCAGAAUUGAAAACUAAACUUUUUCUUUCGAUUGAUGAACAUCCAAUCAAACUCCAACAUUGCUCAGAAUAAUUCCGGAAGAUUGAACGAGGACGUGACCAUGGCUUCAACAAGUCGAGAAGAGAAUACCACCACCACCGCCGCUCCACAAACUUCGAAGACAAUGCAAAAUUUGGCUAUCAAAGAGAAAUACAUCGAAAAUUAUGAUUUCAUUUGCUGUGCGGAAUCAAGCAAAUACGAGAAAGUAGCCAAAAUCGGACAAGGCACCUUCGGAGAGGUGUUCAAAGCGCGCGAAAAGGGCGGAACUCGGAAAUUCGUGGCCAUGAAGAAAGUUUUAAUGGAAAAUGAAAAGGAAGGGUUCCCCAUUACGGCAUUACGUGAAAUUCGCAUUCUACAACUGUUGAAGCAUGAGAACGUCGUCAAUCUUCUCGAAAUUUGUCGCACAAAGGCGAACAAAAACAACAGCUACAGAUCGACGUUCUACUUGGUGUUUGAUUUCUGUGAACACGAUCUGGCUGGACUGCUAUCCAAUAUGAACGUCAAAUUCAGUUUGGGCGAAAUAAAAAAGGUUUUGCAGCAACUGCUGAACGGCCUGUACUACAUACACAGCAACAAAAUUUUACAUCGCGACAUGAAAGCGGCCAACGUUUUGAUAACAAAAAACGGAAUUCUCAAACUGGCUGACUUUGGUCUAGCCCGUGCAUUUAGCGUGUCCAAAACCGGCGUACCCAAUCGUUACACCAAUCGAGUCGUCACACUGUGGUAUCGCCCACCCGAACUGUUGCUCGGCGAUCGUAAUUACGGGCCACCCGUCGAUAUGUGGGGUGCCGGUUGUAUUAUGGCCGAAAUGUGGACACGUUCGCCAAUUAUGCAAGGCAACACCGAACAGCAGCAAAUCAUUUUCAUUUCACAAUUAUGCGGUUCAUUCACACCAGAAGUGUGGCCCGGCAUUGAGAAAUUGGAACUGUACAACAAAAUGGAAUUGCCGAUGGGACACAAGCGUAAGGUGAAAGAUCGCUUGAAGGCAUACGUUCAGAAUCAGUACGGAUGUCAUUUACUGGACAAAUUGCUUCAAUUGGACCCGAACGCUCGCAUAGACGCAGACUCUGCAUUGAAUCACGAUUUCUUCUGGACAGAUCCGAUGCCAUCUGAUUUGAGUAAGAUGCUGUCACAUCAUCUGUCCAGUAUGUUCGAAUACUUGGCACCGCCGCGACGAUCCACUCAAAUGAUGAGGCAUUAUCAGCAGCAAAUGGGUGUGAAUCAAAUCCAAAACAGAUCUCAGGACAAUAGUUAUCAAGAUAGGGUAUACUAAGUACAAACUGCGCAAACUUAUAUUUAAUAUGAUUACGAGUCCAAAUCUUGUGUUACGAAUCGUAACUUACGAUAAUUAAAUUCCAAUAAAAAAAACAUGAACCGA